AUGGAAAAUUUGAAUGGAUGUGAAAACUAUAGCAUUUGCAGCGAUCGUACGGAUAGUGCGGUUGUGUUGCCCUUCAAUCAGGUCUACAAUGAGAUCCGCAAACAAAUCAAACACAACAUCACAUCCAAUACCCAUGUCUUCGAAUAUUGCAUUAUUCCCAGCGAUGAACACCUCAUUGAAAACCUAUCGCAACUACGGGUGCGGCCGAAGAGCUGGACUUCCAGUGACAACACAUCACUAAAUGUGUGCAUUAAUAGUGAUAUGAAUAGCGGUUCAGUGCCGGCACCGGAACCCCAAUCACCGACACCUCCUCUACUGUCUCAAUGGAAACCAUUAAUACCUAUACCAUUGCCAGUGUCUACACCAAUACUAUCGCCAUUAGCGCCGGGCACUCACCCCUCGGCGCCCAUCAACUAUCUGGACGUUGAGCUCAAUUCAGACACUUUCGCCACAACCGGCAGUUGUCCACACAUGCCGUACAUCACAUUCACCGCACGUGUGGGCACAGUAUGGGUGACGGCCAUGAAGUUUGUGGACGACGAGAAGUGGGCUGUCAUACGGUUAGUGCAGUGUUUAGCCAACUGUCCGAACCGGGAGACGGCGGCCACCGUUAACCCGCUGUUUAACACAAUGCACUCAUUUGUACCCUAUUUUCUCAUGACUGCCAAAGAGUACACAAAACUUAACGAAUUGAAGCGAUUGUUUGCCGCGAAAUGUUGCGAAUGGCUCACCACUACUGACCCCACUAUUGGGACAGACAAUGGGUCGGCCAGUGAUGGCACAGACAUUGCACCAGUAGUACCCGAAACGCUCGUAACAACACUCACUACAGGGUCCGCAUUGCCGGCCCUUUCGGACACUUUUUGGGUCUCUAGCACACCGCCUAUGAGUGCUGAUCCCGGGCCUAAGCACUUGGUAGAUAUUAAUGAACUGGAUGAAUUGCUGUCAAUAUCAGCCACUAUCACCAUGGCCCAUAUAUUUGAAUUCACACACCUGUGCCAUAGUGUGGGCCAAGCGGUCAAAAUUGUGGGCGCGUUGACCGCCGAUAACGAGGACUGGUUUUGGUCGCACGUAUCGCACCUAAUGCUGGACUCCGGUUACGGAUCACUCAAUCAAAGCAUAUACCGGCUGUUGUUCACCCAUCACGUGACCAAAUAUUAUGUCAUU